CUUUCAUCUCUGCCCGCAAGGCUUCAGAAUACUUGUAUGGGCUUUCUGGACUAAAAUAUGCUUGUAUCCAGCAGAAGCCUGGUGCCAGUUCCAGGUUUUUGCGAUGCUCGUGCUCCAGGAUACUCCGGGGCCCGGAUAUUUUCUGGCGCAGUACAAGCCGAUAGACUUGCUCGCUGUUUUGAUGCAGUAGUUUGGGAGCUUGGGGCCAAAGACCGUCAGGAAUCGGCGGGAUCCCUCGGGAUCCUCCUCGAUCCGGCUUUUCCCUCUCUCCCUGGGUUUGCAGACAGAACGCGGGCACUUCACGGGCCGCGCGCGCUGCUCUUGAGAACGUUCCCCGGAUGCCGCGCGCUCCCUUCUCUGCAGGGGGAGGGGAGGGAGGCAGUGGCUCCCUCCAGGAGGAGGAUGUACGGGAGGGGACGCUUUGGACAGGGAGAGAAAUGAAGGAGCCAAGCAGAAAGCCGGAAAGAGUUCGGCUGAAAAGGAGAGGAGAGUUGUAGAGGCUCCAGCGAGAGCAAGAGUUUGCAUUCCCUCCUCCGCGUGCUCUCUGAGCUCCUGGUUUGUAUUGCAAGCUCCCUGCUCUCCUUGUGCCUCAGUCCUGCCUGCCUUCCCUCUCAGCACCCCAAGAAGGAACAGCUCCUUUGCAGUUUGCAGCCCUGCAUUAAAAAGAAAGCAGUGUGGGUCACCCAGGGCAGCUGAAAGCAACAAAGCAGCAGCUUCCAGCACAAACGGAGCCCUUUCCAAAAACAAUAAUUCAGUCUUGGCUCCCUCCUCCCUUUCCUUUUUUUUUUUUUUUUUUUUUUUUUUGCAAGUGCACAGUAAAAAAACCCUCCACAACGUGUCGGCCUUAGAGGGAUCCGAACCAGGCAAAGCAGAAUGUACCAAGGGCACAUGCAGGGGAAAGGCUCUAGGGCGGCAGAUAAGGCUGUUGCCAUGGUGAUGAAGGAGAUACCGAGGGAGGAGUCUGCAGAGGAAAAGCCCCUCCUUACUAUGACAUCACAGCUGGUGAAUGAACAACAAGAAAGCAGACCUCUCCUGAGCCCCUCCAUUGAUGACUUUCUCUGUGAAACCAAACCAGAAGCCAUUGCCAGGCCGGUAACAUCAAAUACAGCUGUAUUAUCUACUGGUCUGGAUCUUUUGGAUCUGAGUGAACCUGUCUUACAAACCCAAAGCAAGACAAAGAAGUCAGAGAAUGCAUCAAGAGGUGAAAACGUAAAGGCUUCGACCCACAGAAAGAAGACAGACAACUCAGACCUUAUAAAUGUGGAUGCUGAGCAGAAGGUCCAGACUGGAAGAGCUCCAGAGAAGUCAUCAUUAGAUUUAGUAAAUAUACAGACGCAGCUCAAGAAAUGGGAUGAACUGAAGUUUCAUGUAGAGAGAAACAGCAAGGGUCAUUCAGCUACAGAACGAAAAUCUUCAUCAAAAGAGCUUUUAUGGUCUACAGAGAACAGAUUGCAGUCUGAGCUGACUAGUGUCAAAAGUGCCUUGGAGUCCAAUUCAACAUCAGAUUUAGAAUUAGUACCUGCAACACAGGCACGAUCGACCAAAGAGCAGCGUUGGGGAGGUUCAUUCCUCUCCAGAAAUCACUCCUUGGAGGAGGAAUUUGAAAGAGCAAAGGCAGCUGUUGAGUCAGACACAGAGUUUUGGGAUAAGAUGCAAGCUGAAUGGGAAGAAAUGGCUCAGAGAAGCUGGAUUUCAGAGAACCAGGAAGCACGUGGCCAAGUAACUGUCUCGACCAGUGAGAAGGGCUAUUAUUUUCAUACUGAAAACCCUUUCAGAGACUGGCCUGAUGCUUUUGAGGAAGGACUGAAAAAACUGAAAGAAGGAGACCUGCCCCUCACUAUCUUAUACAUGGAGGCUGCCAUUCUACAAGACCCCAGUGAUGCAGAGGCCUGGCAGUUUCUUGGUAUAACACAGGCAGAGAAUGAAAAUGAGCAGGGAGCUAUUGUCGCCCUCCAAAGGUGCUUGCAGCUGCAGCCAAACAACUUAAAAGCUCUGAUGGCCUUGGCUGUGAGCUACACUAAUACUGGCCAUCAACAGGAAGCCUGUGAAGCUUUAAGAAACUGGAUAAAGCAAAACCCAAAAUACAAGUAUAUAAUGAAGAGCAAAAGAGGGUCUCCGGCAUUUACCAGGAGAAUGUCUGAGCCAUCAAAAGAAAGUUCAUUACUUGAAGAAGUAAAGGAACUGUACCUGGAGGCAGCUCACCAGAAUGGUGAGAUGAUAGACCCAGACUUGCAAACAGGACUUGGAGUGCUCUUCCAUCUGAACAGAGAAUUUAACAGAGCAAUAGAUGCAUUUAAUGCUGCCUUAACUGUUCGGCCGGAGGACUAUUCAUUAUGGAACCGCCUUGGAGCAACCUUGGCAAAUGGGGAUCGAAGUGAGGAAGCUGUGGAGGCUUACACUAGGGCAUUAGAAAUUCAGCCAGGCUUCAUUAGGUCCAGAUACAAUUUGGGAAUAAGCUGCAUCAACCUAGGAGCUUACAGAGAGGCUGUCAGCAAUUUUCUCACUGCUCUCAGUUUGCAAAGAAAGAGCAGGAAUCAACGGCAGGUUCCCCAGCUGGAAAUUUCAGGCAAUAUCUGGGCAGCUCUCAGAAUCGCUCUGUCUAUGAUGGACCAGCCAGAACUAUUUCAAGCCGCUAAUUUGGGUGAUCUGGAUGUUCUGUUAAGAGCUUUUAACCUAGAGCCAUAAAAAAAAGCAGCCAAGUCACGAAGAUGUAUUAGAAAAUGCAAAACUCUUUCAUUACCAGUUUCAAAAUGAUUACGGACGCUUUCCAAAAGAUCCUGGGCCGUAGAACACUAGGGGAAGUUCUAUCAGACAUCAGCCAAUUCCUGGAAAUCUUCAAAAGCACAAAACUUUGUAAAUACUAUUGAACUCAAAUGAAGGAUUAAAACGAACAGCAGCUAAUCUGACAAAGACCUGACCUAGAUGAAGCAGUCAGACCCGAAGAACCUUCAUCCCAUGCAAGAUAUGCAUAUAUAUACACUCACACCAAUACAGAGAAAAUAUAUUUAAGACAAAACCUAAUAAUCCUUGUUGCGCAUUAGAAUGGGAAGCAGCACGUCCAAGGAACCUUAUUGCUCAUUGCACUAAAUUGACACUGCAUGCCCCUACAAUGUGGAGUCCCUAUACUUUUGUUUGUUUGUUGGCCAUUCUCUUCAAGAUCCUACUUCCACAUAGCUCUGACAGGAAGUACAUGUACGGUAGAUAUAUUUUGUGGUGAAUAUAUUAGCUUGCAAUCAAUGAGGGCUUUGUUUGUAAAGGUACCUUGUUUCAAUUUUACUUUUGGACCUAAUUCACAGGCCCUCGGAGAUGGAAUUCAGAAGGAAUUCUGCACAUGGAGGAUUUACAGGGUUGGGCCCUUUAUUUACUAGAGGGAUGAGCUUUGUAAGCAGAAGCAGUAAUUUGUACUAGAAUUUUUGUUGUUUGUACCAAUUAGGGCCCCAAUCCUGCAAAGAGCAGGAUUCUGCCUAUGUGGAGGUCCUGGUAGGUUUCAGGCCUGUGUAUGUGCAUAAGCACUUUAAUCUUUUUGUAAAUGUAUGCUGUGCUUUUAUUUAUUUUUAAAGUAGGAACAAAAGAUUUAAUGAGAUAUAUAUAUAUAGCCUUGUUGGCAUAAAGGACCAAAUAUAACUUCUUGACACUAGAUAGAGAGCUUUCCAAAUCCUAGUGUUAAAAAUACAAAUAGGGUAUCAGUUAUAAUCUAAAGUGAAUAGAAUAUUUAUUAUGCAUGUACCAGUAGUUUCACACACACACAAAAAUACAGAUUAACUGGAGGUAAAUGUCAUCUUAGAAAAAAAAUGAAUCUCUUCCUUCAGCUUUCCACAGAAACUAAAGAAGAAUCUGUUUAGGAGCAGAUGUCUACAGAACAUACUCUGGGGGAAAACUUCCACUGAAGUGAAAAGAUUUGCCUGAAUAAGGACUGCAGGACAGGGGCUAUAGAGGUUGAUCUUGCUCUUACUGAAAUCAAUGGCAAAACUCUGAUUGACCUCAAUGGUUGCAGAAUCAAGACCUUAGUUUUUAUUAGUGUUUAAAGCUUCUAAAAUAAAGCCUGAAUCUACACAGUUCCAAAUGCUUCCUAUGAAGUACUGAGCACCUUCAACUCUGACUUCAGAAUGAGUUUUUCAGCACAUAUUAGGGGUUGGGUACAAUGCACAUGUAUAGCACAAAGGGAAUCCAUCCAUCCAAGACAGAUUUAUAGAGUUGUACAGAGUUAAUUUUCAAGUAUUGUGGUUUAGGGUUUGGGUUGGGGUUUUUUAAGUACUUUCUCUAAAUAGUGAAAAACGUUUUUACAUUAAAGAUAUACUGUGUUGGUUUGUGUUCAGGAAUGGACAGGACAGGGUAGCUAUUGCAGGUGAAAGCGGAGAAAGUAACAGUCCCUUUAAAUGACAUUUUACCCUCCCCUGCUCCCAAAGAGCUGUAUCAAAAAAGUCACUGCACAGUUUGUAGGGCAAGGGGUCUAUUUCAUUAGUACAAAUAAAAAUUUUCUUGCAAUUGUCUCUUAUUUUGAGCAACCACUUAAAGGAAAACACCUUGUUUAGCUAUGCCAGAAGGAGGACAUUGGAUGUGGUUUAAUUAGAGUACAAUUUUAUUCUUAACUGUCUGGGAAUACCCGGCAGAUAAAAGUGUACGAUGAAGGUGAUUACAUAAUCAUUUCAAUAUAUACCCCACAGGGUUUCCAUCAGCCCUGCCCCUUACCCAUCCUGGUCCCCACCCAAGCUGCCGCUGGGACCUCACCAUUCCCCCCCACACACACACCUCGAAUGAGGGUGGGAGGAGGCUAUGAAGGAGGAGAGGUUGGCUCCCUGACGUACCAGUCAUAGGAACCCUGAAACCCCCACCCUGUUUCUAUUCCUUUAAGGAAUACCUCCUUUAAAUCCCUGACCAAUCCAUUUUCUCUCAUCAGUGUAUCCCUUCCCUAUGGAAUACUUGCACUGGACAUCUGCCCAGUGUUUACAUAAUGAGUUGCAACACCAUUCUCCUUUCAUGUUUGCUCAGCUAGGUCCCCCUGAACCUGCAGUGGCAGUGGUCCACAAACUGUGGGGCGUGCCCCCUAGAGGGGCACCGAGGAACAUCUGGGGGGGCGGGGCUCUGGCCAGGUCCCACGGGUGGGGGGAGGGAGCACCACCCUGCCCUGCUCUGCCCCCCAGUUCCGCUUUGGCCCCACCCCUGCUCCUGACCGGGGAAGCGCGGACACAUUCCAUUAUUGGUAAGUCAGGGGCGAGAGGAAAAGUUGGGGGUACCACUGUGCUAUGGGAAAGGUGAAAAAAACACUUCACCUUGGCCAAUCUGGCAGUGAGGGGCAAAUUCCUUUGCAGACACCCACCUGAGAAAGGAGUGACUAGUGCAAUGCCCACAGGGGAUCCUGACAAAACCCAGUAUUUCACUACUUCCAUGGGUGGGAGGGUAGGUGCUCCUCUGCUUGGUUUAGGUAAAAGAAGGCUUUUCUUGCACCGGCAUGGACGUAUACAGUCCCCCACCUCUUUCAGUCACUGUGGGGAAGGGGUAAGUUAGCUCACCUGAUCUGUGGCAGCAGCUGAAAAUAACUGGCUGGGUUUCUAGCCCUUAAAGGGGCACACACCUUUUCCAACAAGCCAGGCAACAGUCCCCACUGCUUCAUGUGCAGAGAGAUCAUUAUCCGAUAUUGUAAUCACAAAGUCAGUAACUAAAAAUCAUCUGUUAAGAAUGUAUCAUUAAAAUAGCCCCACACAGAGGUGCACCACAGAAUGGAGAAAUGCUGAAACAGUGGCAGGUAUUUGUAAAUAAAUAAGGGUAUAACAACUGACAACUGCAGUUUUCCUUUAAGCAGUGAAUACCAAAUGCUGGCUGGGAAAUUUCAUUUUAGCUGAACCAGGCUUGCUAUAUUCAUAUCAGCUGACAACAGUUUGCUCUUUUGCUUUGACAGUGAUGUAUGAAGACAAUUCUCAGCUAUCAAUGAGGCAGAGCGGCGGGUGUCCUGCAAUUGAAAUCUGGAAAGUGUGGGGUUUUUUGGGUGUUAAGAGAAGAAGGCGGCAGCUCUGGAUAGAGGCAACAGAGCAAAAGGCAUAAAAGCUCAGAUCUAGCUUUUUGCUCUGUCAUCACACAAGUUCUUUCAGAACAUCUCUGUGCAGAUAAUUAUAUUACUACAAAUCUGGUAAAUCUAGCCCUGCUAAAGUUUUAUUUUUAUGCCAUCCAAAACAACAAUUUAACUGCCUGAAUUUUCGAAGAUAAAAUGACAAGGUUGAUUUUCAAGACUGACAGUAGUUCACAAUACCUCUGGUUUUGGACCAUCUGUUAGUAGAGUGGCUACUUUAUUAGCUUGUUUUUAAAUGUAGGGUCCUGGGUACACCCCAUGAUCACCACCACCAAAAAAGGAGGGAGAAAAGCAGAUGUCUACUGAUUUAACAGGGGAGACAUAGCUCAAAUCUGUAUUCCCCUGUUUAUAUACACACACAAUUGACAUUGAAGAGACUUGCAUGUACAAAUCUAGAGAAACCAAACCUGCCUCCCAUAGGCAUGUAAGGACCCCAAAUUAGCAGAAGCACUGCUGUUCUGCCGUACAUGGGGGUUACAGGCUACUGAGUGACCAGCUAAGGGAACUGAAUGGCCCACUGAGCGGCUCCUAAGAAGCUCAACGCCAUGCAUGGUCUCCAGUUGCAUAUGGCCAGUGGAUGACCAACUGCAUAGCUUCACUGUCCAAAACUGUGUAGGUAUUAGGGGGUAAAUUGAAGCAGGAAUAAAUGCUAUCACAGCACUUGGAUUGUAGUAGUAGCCACAGAGCAGUAGAAUUGACAUUCCAUGCCCUGCCAGUAGAGUGUUGGGGGAAGGGACACAAAGAAUAUUCAAGCUGUUUACUCAGAUUUUGCAUUUGGGCCUUAAUACCACAGAACAUGGUGAGUAGGGAAAUAGAGGGGGAAACUGGAACUACCAGAAAACAAAGGGAAGCUCCACAGAAAACAUAUGAGAGAUUAAAUAAAGGAGUAAGAAAGGGAAUGAGGGAAAAAGAUAUGCAGAAAUAUACACAGUUUAGGCAAAUCAAAGCCUCCUUGGGUCCCUCAUUUACCCCCAGGUGUAAAAAGGGGGAAAUAAUUCUCAUCCACCUUUGUGCUAUCUCCAGAAGAAAAGCACUAGGAGUGCAAAGUAUUCUGUUAUCAUGCUGCCUCUUUGGUCUGUUGUGGGGCAGUUCAACAGUUGGGUCAAUUCUGAGAAAGCUAAAAAUAAUUGUUGAGAGUGCAGUGAGCUCAGCUGCAACACAAAAUAGCAAUUUCAGAUUGUGACCGUUGCCUCUUUCAGCAGGAUGGAGAAGACAAACUAAGACACCUUAGGGACAGGGUCAAGAAAUUGGCAUCUGAGCCAAAAUGGCACUGCUGCUUUGGUUUUUCUUAAUCCGACUUUCCUGCUUUCCAUUCUCAUUACUCUCCUGUUUCUCCAGAAGAGAUUCAUUACCUAGCUAGGUAAUUAAUUUAUUCUAAGGUUUGGGGUCUUUCUAAUAUAAUGUGUAUUUCAUGCCAUUUAAACCAUAUUUUCCCAGUUGCAGAGCCUUUAGGGCAGUGGUUCUCAAACAGAGAAAUCUGUUUUCUGAAAUCUGAAACCUCAAGGCUAGACACUCAGAAAUAAUGGCCCUUUUGGAAAAACUGGGCCUAUAUGUCACACAGAAAGACAGUGACUAACACUGACUGAUUAGAUAGGUGAUCUUACUACCAUUCAUAGUACACGGAUAUCCAUACUACAACACAACUGGCACUAACUGACUGCCUGACUGGCAGCCACAAUAGAGAUGUCAAGAACUAAGGUCCCAGUCCAAUCCCCAUUGGAGCCAAUGAGAACUAGAUUGGACCAUAAAAUAGCCCUGGAGCAAUCUCACUCGAGGUCCAUUUAAGAAAUGUUUAUAAGAUAUAAACGAGUCACAUGAGAACAAAGAUUCUCAUGGAUACACUGUACAAUAUUAACUACUCUUCAAAUAACAUCUAGGCUGGAAAUAAAAUACUUUAUUAUAGCCCUCUUCUACUCUCCCUUUCAUUGGAAAGAGAAAAUAUAUUGGGGACAGAGAGCUGCAUGCUCUCAGAAAAAACAUUCUAGAAGAAAUGCAAGUUAGUUACCUUCUUAGUUAGCUGAUCAAAUAUGGACAAUAUGAAAAAAGAACAUGUGACAACAUUAAAAAGGAGGAAGAUUACAGACUCUGAACAUAGAAUAGCAAUAACUGCUGGGGGAGAGGGGAUAGAGGAAAAAUCAGAAGGAAUCUGAAGUUUACUAAAGUAGGCCCUGAUCCUCCAAAAGCUCUCACAUGCAAGCAGUCCCACUGAGCGAGCUUGCCAGGUGAGGACCUUCAUACGUUUGAUCUCCCCUGCCCCUGCUCCCCACCUCUUUUGCAGAAUUUGUCAUUUCCAUUGGCAGAAAUAUAUCCUUAAGUUAGCAGCCCUUUUAAUAUCAGUACUUUAUUGUAAAUUUAGAAAAAUCAAAAUGUUUAUAUAUAUAUAUAUAUAUAUAUAUAUAUAUAUUUAUAUAUCUGUGUUCAACAUAUCUAGACUAAACUAAAAAUAUAUUGUUCUGAAAGACAUUCUGUGCUGCUUCUGCCAUAUGCUGCAUACUGUUUUAUAAAAGUCCUUACAUCUUGCACCAGGUUUUGGCUUUUUUUUAAGCCAAUUUAUGGCAGACAGGAAAGAAGAGAUUAUAAGGUCUAUUCAUAGUUACACCUGGACAACCACAAUGACUUCACAAAUGCCAUGAUCCAGCAAAGACUUACAUGCAUACUCAACUUUCUUCACUGUAGACCCAUGGUUAAGUACACAUGUAAGCCUUAGAAGGAUUGGGGCCUAAGGAUGCAAAGGUGUGAACUAAGGCCGAAUUUAACCCUAUAUUUGAAUAUUUACAUUCUGUUUCAAAUUGACCCAGACUGAGCAAUCUGUGUCUAUAUAUAACUAUGGGGUGACAGGUUAGUCUCUCACAAUAGGUAACUUUGCCUCUGUAUACUCAGUGCAUUACUAGCCAUGAAUAAAUAUUAAAACACAGAGCUGUAGUUUACUGAUGCUUCAGUUUGAUGUUCUCUUGCACUGCUCUUUAAAAUAAACUGCUUCCUUAAAAAUGAACUGUAUGUAUAUUGAUGUGUUUAAUUUAUUAAGCUUAUAGAUUUCAAUUUGCAGAGCACCACAGUUAAUGUAGUAUUUUUGUACUGUAUUGGAAGCAUGCCUUCCUGUGAUUCUUUUCCACAUAUUAAAUUGUAUUAUAAUUGUGCAAUUUUUAAAUAUGUUUUAAAAUAAACUUUGUCUGUGGCUUC